AUGGGCUUCUCAGCUAAGCAAGAGAUGGCUGUUACGAAGUGUACUUCAGGUGAAGAGGAUAUCCAGAUCCCGUUGAACUUCAUACAACGGUGGGCUCUGGGCUUGGAGACCUACCUACGCUCGCAACUACAGCUCCAGAACGUAUGGGCUCUUUCUCAUGUGGCGACGAUUGUGGGAUUCGUGUGCUACGUGUACGCCCUUGUUGCCGGCGAGCUGGAGCUUGGUGGGCUCCGAGAGAGCAGCUAUAAGCUGACGAUGCUGAGCAUGACGGUGACUUUCGUCAUCGUCAUGUACAGGGCGAAUUUUGAGGAGCAGUUGGUGAUCAACGAUAACAAGGAAGAGGUUAUAGUGAAGCCGAAGGUGAUGUCCGUUCGUGAGUUGAUUCAGAACGAUAACGCAUUGCUUUUCGCAACCAUCCUCCUCUGGAACUUCACCCUGGAGUCCGUGUUGAAAUUGCUUCCAUUUGUCAUAUACGCCAUGAUAAACUUGUCCAGUUUCUUCAUCCAAGAAGUCAUACCUCACCGUCCCUUGAGUCGUGCGUUACUCCCCUUGUUUGACUAUUUGGAAUUGCCUCUUCUUACUGUGGCAUCGCAUUUCGACUUGCUCAAUAUGUUUUCACUCUUCAAGGAGUCCUACGAGUCCCACAAUGGCUAUCCCUCGGUGAUUUACUUUUGGGUUUGGUGCCUUAGGUUCGAAAGCUCAGAGAUUAGUCGUUCAAGUGUAAAGGCUCUAUUUGGCUUUGUUGAUGGAAUUGCGAAUUUGGGGUUCCUUCCAAACAGAUUACACCGCCUGUACGUUGAUUGGAGACUUCGGUGGACGUUUCUCAUUCCAAUGGAUUACAAAUCAGCUUACUACAGUGGAGGUGAUGUUGAUAAUGAAGAUGAUGACUGAUUCGAUACAGAUGGCUAUAUAUGUGGUUCUCAUUGAAAGAGAAUGCAGAGUUGCUUCCUAUAAAACUCGGUGUUUAUCCUAGCCCUUGCGUAUAGCUCAUCGUACUGAUUUCUUGUUUGUUGAAUAGAAUUGUCCAAUUGCAGACGA